GCGUGAGCGUGAAAGUCCUGUUUGUGUGUAUGAGUGAGUGUCAUUUAUCCGAUCAGCGUAUAUACGCUCGCUCCGUUCGUGUUCUCUCCUAUCAGAUUGAAAGUAGUGCAUAACUUUGUCUCGUUGACAAAUCGACCCUACUUGAGAGUUGAGGCCAACUUCCGGUAUCACUUAUUAUGGAACGAUAAACCGGAUGUAGGUGCGUGCCUUCCUGUCGUUGGUAGAGGAGGGAGCGGCUCACGAUCGAGCAGCGUUCACGCAGAACGGGGGAGAGGAGCAAGUCGACGGGGGUGAAUGACGCAAACGCUACAGCAGGCAUGAUUGACAUUAGGUCAAGAUGCGUGAAUACAAGCUGGUGGUUUUAGGAUCUGGUGGCGUUGGCAAGUCUGCGCUGACGGUCCAGUUUGUUCAAGGAAUCUUUGUGGAGAAGUAUGACCCCACGAUAGAAGAUUCCUACAGGAAGCAAGUGGAGGUGGAUUGUCAGCAGUGUAUGUUGGAGAUCUUGGACACAGCAGGAACAGAGCAGUUCACGGCCAUGCGUGACCUCUACAUGAAGAACGGUCAGGGCUUCGCUUUGGUUUAUUCCAUCACGGCUCAGUCGACCUUCAACGACCUCCAAGACCUCAGAGAGCAAAUCCUACGCGUCAAAGACACGGAUGAUGUGCCGAUGAUCCUGGUGGGCAACAAGUGUGACCUGGAGGUGGAGCGUGUGGUGGCCAAAGAGUCCGGUGUGGGCCUCGCUCGCCAGUGGAACUCGUGCGCCUUCCUGGAAACGUCUGCCAAGAGCAAGAUCAACGUCAACGAGAUUUUCUAUGACCUGGUGAGACAGAUCAACAGAAAGAGUCCAGUUCCUGGGAGAACUCGCAAAAAGUCCACUUGUCAGCUCCUCUAAUGACUGCAGCUGUGCUCACCAGACCAACAUCAACCAAUCAGAGGACAGCUUCCCAAGAGCCCCGCCCCCAGCUAUGUUAAGUCAUCAAGUCAAGUGAACUCUUGUCGCCACGUCAACCACAUCAGCCAUGCUUCCACCUCCUCAGUUGCCUUGGAAACCAAACGACUGUCAUGAUGAAGAUGGGCUGCCAGGAUGUUUCCCCAUCAUGCUCUCUGCUUCUUUUUAAUCUUUAAGAUCAGAGGCACCAAAGCGAUGUCACGUGUGUGUGUGUGUGUGUGCGCGCGCGUGUGUCGGUCUCUUGUCUUUUCAUGUUUAUUUUUUGCUCAUUAUUAUGUGAAACUUUAAAAAAAAAAAAUUUCGGGAGGCGGUAGCAGCAGCAGAUUCUGGCGUUAGCACGCCAUGUUCAUGGCGGUCGGCUAACUAAGCCUCUGUUAGCGGCAUAUUUAUAGCUCUGCUUUUCAACGUAAAGUAACGGUGCCAAUGUUGAUUUUCACUUCACUGAUAUUAGCAUGUAGCCUGUUAGCUCGUGCGUAACAUUGUCACAUGUGGCGUAGUUAGCCGUUAGUGGCAUGUUUGUCGCGCUUGGCUAACCUCAGCAACGUGGUUAGCGUCUUGUUUUUAGCUCUGACAACUAACAGGGCCAGUGUCGACGGUGUUACUGUAAAAAGUAUUUGGCCGCACUUAACCCUUCCCCUGCACGUGUGUGGCGUUGCGCUGUAAGCCGGGUUAGCCAUUAGUGGCUCGUGGCGUGUUUGAGCCCAGAUCUGUUGCUGCUGCUUCGUGCGGCGGACAUGUUGCCUUGGAGCAGCAGACUCACACUGGCCCACGACUCUGUCUGUGUGAGUGUGCGUGUGUGAGUCUAGAUUGUAUUAUGAACAGGUGAUGACAUGUUUAUGGACAUUAAGUAUACACAAGACGUGUGCAAGAGGAAGAGGUUGUUGUUGUUGUUUUUGUGUUGAGGAUGAGACUGUGUGGUCGUGUAGUUGUGCGAUUGUUGUGCUGCUUUUACUCUCGGCCUUUUGUCUCUUUUGUUUGACGCCGAACCUCGGUGUUGACGGAAGAGGAGAUUGUUGAAGCCACUAAAAGCCUUUUAAGUCUUCAAAUGUGUAUGCACAUGGAUGUUUUUUUUAUUUUUUUAUUAUUAUUAUUUUAUUUUUUUUGCUGUGCAAGUUGUGUGUAUGUGUCUUAAGGUAGUGUGUUUCGUGUGUAUUGUGGUGUGUGUGUUGGUUGUGUCUUUUUGGAAUUGGGUGUGUUUGCAUGUAAACGGCAUGGUGUGUAGGGUGGUUUUGUGACUGUAUUUGCGUGUGAUGGGUAUGCGUUUGUGUAUGCUUGUGUAUGGAGGUUGUGUGUGUGGAGGUGUGUUUGUGUGGAUGUUAUAUUUUUGUGUGUGAUGGAUGGAUGUUUGUGUAUUUGUGUGUGCGUUCGUUUUUAAAGUUUGUGUGAAGAUGUGUGUUAGUAUGUAAAGUUAGUUUUUGUCUGGAGGUUGUGUGUUUCAUAUAGCAUGAUACCGUUUGUGCGUUUGGCCUGCAGGGGGCGCCGUAUCAGCAUGGGAACCACCGUUUUCCAAAGCCUGUGUGGCCACAAGGGGGCGCCACCACGGAAUGUCCAACGCAACAAAUUUGACGAGAGCCUAAGUAUCCCCGUCCCCUCACGCCAUGAUGACUUAAUUGAGUCGGGAUGCAAUGCUAAACUAGGCUAAUGAAAACUUAAGUUUGCUCUCCUGUGUGCAUGUUAAUGUGGACCACUUGAGCUCACAAAAUUGCUUUUGGUUCUUGUUGUGGUUGUUGUGUGUGUGUGUGUGUUGGGGGGGUCGGGUGAAGCCAAAUGUAAAGUCAAAACUUCCAAAGCCUUAAAUGAAUAAAAGUGGUGCAAUUUUCUAACAGCAA